AUGAGAUGCGCUGCAGCGGUAUUCCUCACCAACAGCGCGGGUGCCGACAGCGACGCUCGCCGAUGUAACUGGCAGUCAACCUCUGCUUUUCCGUCUCCUCCUUUGCCUGUCGCGGGGCCCCCGGCAGCACACCACGCAGAGACACAAAGCUGUGCAGGUGGUCAGAAACGCGCUCGGUCUCCGCGAAGUUAUUUAGCGCAAGGCGCGCAGGGUGAGGUCCUCCUCGCAAAGCAGAGCAGUCACACAACGGUAGGUGUCGCCGGUAGCGUAGGCAGAAGCAGCCAUGCUCCUCGUCCUGUCACGGUCCGCCAGCUCUACGCCGCAGUGCUGGGGACGGCGACCGAGCCAGUUCGUUGCCCCGCCACGCGCGCCUCGAAAGGGAAGGUGCCCAGCGAUGCCGUUCCACGCGAUAACGUACUGGCGCAUCGAUGCUUCAACGCAUUGCCCAGCAGAUGUGGCGCGUGCGAUGACGUCACUUCUGAAGUUUGUGCUGCCAGACUUCAGCGUCUUCCGUCGACGUCGUCGCGUAUCGGCGAAAGCACGAUUCUUCUGGAUGGCGCUGCGUGUCACGUGGUGGUGGUGUGCGGGCGGGUGGUACGUUACGAGGUCGCUGCUGCUUCUGCUGCUGCACCGGUGCAUACACCGCGGCUUUACCCUCCCACUGCACCCUUCGCGGCAACACCGUCGUACGACGUGAUCUGGAUUACCGACAACACUGGACUGCUGUGUGUGCUGCGGCCGCGCUCUGGGCAAGCACGGCGCCAGCGGACGGAAGAAGACGCGUUGGAGGGCAGCUUUGGCAGCUCGUUGCCGUAUCCUUUCACUGACGCAGGACACCGCCACAUGACGCUGGCGCAGGACAGCGCGUGGAGUCCCUUCUCCAGCACAGGAGAGUUCCGCACGCUUCAGAGUGAGGGUGAUGCUGCUGCUGUGCGAGUCAACGACACGUGCCAUCCCGCCCAGCUGUCAACCGCCGCGCCGGCUACGUCAGGAAGCGCCCCCAUGCGGCAUCCCCGCCCCGAAGUGCCACGUACAGGAUCUGGCUACACCGCCAGCAACGUCAUCGACUGCCUUGACGCGGAGUUCGAUAAGGACGAGUCAGACGAGCGGUUUUACGUGAACGACUACGUCGUCUGCACCGGCGUCCUCGCUUUUGCGGAUGUGGAGGUGCACGUUGCCGCUGCGCUUCGCAGAGAUGCGGCGGCGUUGCGAGGUGCCGCGCUCGCCGCUAUCACCUCCACGGUCAGCGAGAACAGCGCGCACCCCACCACCAACACCGCCAUCUCGUCCGCUCCCCAAAAUGCAGGGGACUGCACUGCAAACUCCACUGCAAAGGAUCAAAAGGACGUACUUUCGAAGCCAUGCACGACGUACGUGCUACUGCCUGGUAGCGAAGUCCCCCUGCGACUGGAUGCGGUGCAGACGGAGGUGGGCAUCGUUGGCCCGCUGCCGCCACAGACGCGAUACCUGUCGGAGCGAGAAGCCCGACAGCAGUGGGGUGCGGUUGCUGGGGAGGCGGAAGAGGGAGCCGCAAGGGAUGAAGGCGAACAGCACGCCCCCACCACGGAAGCAGGCCGUUCUUCACACCGACAUGUGCGGCGUUCGGUGAGGGGAGCAUUCGACAACCCGGCAGAAGAAGACGAGGCAUUGUGUGGCGGUGGUGGCGGUGGUGAUGACGAUCCGACCCCCGCAGCGACGACAGCAGCAUCGUUGUCUUCGGUGCCGUUGAUGUGCAUAAAGGGCCGGCCUCGCCUCCUUACAGACUCAAACGAGUACCUCUACUGGUGGCUCAGCGCAACAGAGACCCACCUUCGGUUGACGGCGAUGGAGAGGCGCUGA